AUAUGUUGCUAAAUUAAAACAGACUUUGCUUAAUAACUAAAUAUUAUUUCAUUUUUACUUAACUGAAAUGAAGCCUGACCUGUAACUUAGUAGCUUUUACUUAGUACAAUGCAACCUAGCACAACACUGAAUGUCAGAUAUUUUGAAUCAGAUUUUUCUAAGUUACUGUUGUUGACAAAUGUAAGUUGAAACCUGAACUGGUCAAAGCUCUUUUGUUUUCUUCAGUGUUGGAAACACGGGGCUGGACCCGUGGCAACAGUGGACUCCGAGAAGCGUCUCGCAGUAGUGUAUACUUGUGUGAGGGUUUCAGUUCUCAGAGUGGCCGGAAUACACACACACACACACACUGGUCCUUUUUGAUGUUGACAUCACUGCCAGAGACAUGACUGACCUUCUGAGGCUGGUGUCAGAAGCCAACACAAAGAAUCUACCGACCCUGUCCAAGCUGUCUAACAGUGAUAUCAGUUCCAUCUGGACUGAAGUGUCUGCCUUUAUUGAACGCCAGAUGACUUCACACAAGGGGGUCCACCUGGCAGGACUUGGGACGUUCAACUUUUCUCAACAGAAACUGGAUUUAGGAAACCGGUUCAUGAUGAUACAUCGACCGGUCUUCAUCCUGGCUGGAAAACUAUUACAGAGCCUGGGUGUGAAGCAGAGCAGACCGCUGACUGCAGUAUCACUGUUGCCGGUGGUGCAGUUAAACUUUGCUGCGGUGUCACAAGAGACCCCGUUCAGUCGAGGUAUAGUUGAAGGCUGUGUUCGUGAAACACUGCUGCUCCUGUUCAGAGCUUUGGCGUCUGAACAAAACAUAUCUGUCACAUUCAGGGGAAUUGGAGUUCUGUACUUUACCAACAACAAGGUCAGAAUGAAAUUCAGCAAUGACUUCAUUAAGGCCAUUGACGCAAGUGGGAAGAUGCUCUUAGCAUUUCAUAACUCCCUCCAGAGACCUGGCAGCAGUGUCUCUUUACUGUCCGCUGCACCGUCCAGGCUUCAGAGGGUCCACAGUGCCAGUCCUGUCAGUCUGCCAACUGUCUGCUCUCCACAGCCACAGAACAAAGACAGUGAUCAAGAUGAACAGAGCUUGUCACCAGCCUCAGACCACAGGAAUGCAGGAGAAGUCCAACAGUUGGAGUGUCAAUCCCAUCAACCCAUCAAGAUAAAAACUAUUCGCCCUUUUGAGGAACUGACUGCAAAAUCUCCCAAAGAAGAUAUAAACAAGUCCAACUCUGUUGUCCAUCCAUUACAGGGCGUUCCCAAAGUGGAGAAACCAUGUGCAGCUGUUCCCUGCUCGGAUCAUGAACCUGCUGGACAGGAGCUGUGCUACCUGUGUCUGCAGAGGGAAAGAAGAAACGUUCCAGUCUAUACCAGGGAUCAGCAGGAGGCCGAGGAGAAAGCUCAGGAAAAGCUCCUACGGCACAGAGAGCUACAGAGAGACAAGCAGCGCAUGGAGGAAGAACGGACCAAACUGGAGAAGCAGCGUCAACAUGCAAAGCAGGUCGCUCUAUACAACCUGCAGAUGUCAGAGAAGAAGGAGAGGGACUGUCCUCUGUACAAUACUUCGUUCAUUUUCUCUUCCCGGCCCCUCACUCCUGCCAAAAGGAUCAAGCAGCAAAGCUACAUGAAAGAUCUGCAGAGUCAGAUAGAGAGGAGACAAUCCAGAGAUGUUGAGGAGGAGCAGAGUCGUUUUCUGAUGGAGCAUCGAGACCAGGUUCAGCUGGUCCAGGAGAUAGCUUCCCGUAAAGCUCGGCAACUCCAAGAGAAACAGGCCAAAACGAGACGUUACAGAAGUGCGUUGGACAGACAGGUCGAGGGCAAGAAAGACGUGGAAACCCCGGAGUUCUUCACCAACACCUUUGUGAUCAACCGCUGUGAGACUCCAGUCAACAUCGCCGAGGGCAGAGAGAGGGCACAGAAGCUCUUCCAAGUGAAUUUCUGUGCUGCUACCGAGAGAAAAAUGGAGGAAAUGAACAACCGUCAGGCAGAGGUGGAAAAAGAACAGCAGAUGCUGAAACUCAACAAAACCGAGCUGAUCCUGGACUGCGUUAGUCGUUUUGAGAAGAGACGGGACGUCACUGAAGCACUGAUGGACAACUGGAGCCACAGCGUCACACUCAAACACCAGCGAGUAAAAGACGAAAGGCGCUUCCUCAGGUCUGCUGGUCAGCUCCUGGUAGACCAGCUUGCACAACACAAACGCUGUCGUCAGUGUAAGAGGAGAACGUCUAACGUCGGACAGACCAACAUCUGGAGGGACUCGGAUUUUCACACAAAUUUUAUGAUUUGAUUUUGACCUCCUGUGGACAGCGGGGUCUCAAACAAGUCUUACAUGCAUCUGACAAUAAGUGGACAAAAGCAGGUCACACCACACAAAAUCUCAAAAUCUCAUUCCUUCAAUUGUUACUUCAAUUUAAAAGGAAGCUAAGAAAAAAUGAGCAGGAAGUACAGACAAGUAAACAAAAGACAGAAGAUGUGACUAUUGAGGUAAACAGGAAACGAAAGACCUCAAAGUGGUGUUGGGAAAAAAAAAAGGCCCGAGAUGAGGAAAAUAAAAAAGAGUUGUAAAAGUGACAAAAACAGAGGAGAGUGGGGCUGAGAGGCUGACCUUUGUCUGACCCUGAAGCUGUUGAGUUCACACGUCAUACAGAAAAGUGCAUAACUUAUAAAGGGGAAGAGUCAGGGGACCCCCGAUUUAUGAGUCCAUAAGAACAGAAGGAGGAAAAACACCAGUGACGAGAAGUAUCUCUAUUUAGAAAAAAAAAUUAAAAUAAAUUAUAGCACUAUGAUCUCAGAAUGAGCUAAAACAAACAUAACAAAGAUAAAGGAAGGAAUGUAGCUCUAACAUGGGAGGAUAUCUUCACAGACCGGGAGGUACUGUAGAUGUACAUGUUGUAUUGCAAUAUUCUGGCACAGGGCCCAGUUCUGUGUGAGGCCAGGACUGCCUUAGUGAUUUGAUGGAGACAUGUGAAGGAGACUGCACUGAAACAGAUGCACAAUAAAGUUCUGUAACACA